AUGUUAAUGAUGAAUGGAAUAAUCGUCCUAUUGUUACUCCAACGGAUCGCUAAGGUUUUCGCUCAAGGUGAUUUUGCCAUACUUGAUCCUGAAGUAGCUGCUGUGUCUGAAGAUCUAUACUUUAAUCCAUAUGAUGAAAAGCCACGAGAUCAAGACACGGACGAUGAUGGAAGUACUCGAAAAGCUCAUGAUGUUGAUAGUUUUGACUUUGAUCCGUCGGAAGGUCUGACGUUUUACGUCAUGGGCAAGAAGAGUGAAUGUUUUUAUCAGGAAACCAAGUUUGAUGGUGAUACAUUAAGUGGGGCUUAUGUCGUAAGCUCCGUAGACUCGCACAUUGAUUUUGAAGUGAAGAACCCAGAAGGUUUGACACUCUAUCGUCGACGAGGGGACGUCGAGGGGCAAUAUCUUGUUACACCCAAACAAGUAGGUGUGUAUGAAUUGUGCUUCAUCAAUCCAGACUCGGACGUCAAAUUAGUGACGCAUGUGACCAACACAUUGCAGUCACAACAUCCUGUGGAGAAAGAACAUGUGAGUGUGUUGGCAAAGUAUGCGUCGCAUUUAGAUGUACGACUGGGCGAGCUCGAGUCAGAGCAGAGACUGCAGCUGAUUCGGACAGACAGGCAUAUCAAGGUGGAGGGAAACAUGAACAAGCGCGUUGUUUUUUACGGAGCGCUGGAGUGUAUCAUCUACCUCGUCGUAUGUUUUUUUCAGGUGUACUACAUUAAGGGCUUGUUUGACAGCCCGCAUAAAGCACGGUCCUGGGUGUAA